UAUCGAUGGACGACGAGUUCGCUCGUGAAGUCCUCCGACUUGCCGAAGGCCAAACGGUCGAAGCCUUCGAGGAAGACCUGAGGAGUCAAGCUCAAAACUUGGACAUCGAUAUUGCUCUUCUCGAAAGCACUCUGAAGUCGAGGGAAUCAAAAGCGACUUCGAGUUUGACAAGCUCGACACACCCACGACGAUCCAUAUCCACCGGCUCCCAGGGUUCACACUCCACAGACUUCACGGAUGCGUCUCGCGUCUCUAGAGAAUGUCCCAAUGCCAGGACUCGACCUACUCGUGGGCGACGCAGUUCCGCCACAUCAACGUCAAUAAAAGAUUACGAUGCGAUAGUCAACCAUGCUAGAUUCGACUUCCGCCGUUCAUCGUUCAACUUCGCGACUUCGCCCAUCAUCUCGCCAUCUCCUUCGACAUUUUCGCUAUCGUCCGUGUGGUCUCGGUCAAGGGAGUCGUCUCCAAAAAGACACAUCAUCACAAGAGGAUUAAGCAGGCUGAGGUUGAGAAGAACUGACUCGGGAGAUUCGACCAGAGAAAAAGACGGAUCCCGACACCGCCGCACGUUGCACACACUAUCCUGUGGCCAUCGCUACUGCACCCUCGCGCUACGCAAGAUAAUCAAGGACUCGCUAAACGAUGAGAACAUACCACCUACAUGUUGCAAACGCCCGAUACCAGGCAGCUUGGUCGCCAGCGUGAUGAGUCAAGAAGAGCAGGACGCAUUGAUGAAUAUGCUAGUCGCUUGGGACGACGAGGCGACCACAACACCACCUACAAUUCAUGAAUCCGAAGUCACAUCACACCCGACGUCGUUCCCAAAAUCACGAUCGCAAUCUAGAUCACCAGUUUUCGGAGCUGAGCAAGUUCAGAACGUGGAAGAGAAAAGAAAGAAUCUGGAAAAGGCAAUGGAAAUACCCGACUUCAAGCAUCUCAGACAGGAACAAGAACGGCAGCGAGACAGUCUGGUCGCUUGGGUUGGUAGAAAGAGACAAGGCAUAAUUGACGGUUAUGCGGUGCGCAAGUUACAGCUACUACCAUACUUCGACCGCCAAAAGGACCAGCUCUCAGAAAAGCAGAGCGCGGCAAUCGCUCGCAUAGAGGACAAGCAUGUACUCGACGAACACGAGAUGCGCGAAGGACAUGAGGUCGAGACGCGGAAUAACGCAAUUGCUCUGAAACACAUGGAAGCAUACUGUCGCGGAGAGACAACAAGCGGUGAUCGACAUGAGAGGACCAUUACCGAUCAGGAUCUCGCCGAACUCACAAAAGCAAGACGAGCACGCGACCAGAUGGAAGCGAAACAUAGCGGUGCCAUCAGCGUGCUAAGAGGCGAGCAAAGCAGACGCAUCAAUCAACGCCUAGUCAAGCAAGAGGAAGAGUUAGCAGAACUGGAGGCUCGCCAACUCAAGGAGAUUGAAAGUUUACAACGCGAAUGCGACGACAUGGUACGCGACUGGGACGACGAAACACAAAAGAGACGUGUGAAGCUCGAAACGUGGUGGAACAUACAAGUGGAAAUCUGGCGGAAGAAACUUGAGCGGGAUACUGGCAUUCAUUUCUCCGGAGAGCUACCAUUGAUCCCAUGGCCAUCGACUGAUGUCGUCGAGAAUAAUAGAAGAAGAGAUCCGACCAAGAGACAUACCAUCGCAGUAUCUCCAGCUCCCGGAUUGCAGCCGGACGAGAGUCGCGGACCUCGCAGCAUCAGUCCUGCUCGUAAGCCACACCGCAUCAGCACUGCCUUCACCAUUAGAAGUGGAAUGAUUGGCAAAGUU